AUUUAAAUCGGACAGUCAGGCCGUAAUAGGUCUAUAUUAUAAGGUGUUAAAGUUUCCAUCGAAAAUGUGGCUUUUGGGUGUUCUCAUAUGCACAAUCCUCAUGCAUUGCGAGGCCAGGAGUGUGAUAGAUGGGACUGGUAUUAACGACCCCAAGGAUAAACCGACCAGCAACUCAACUGCUGACUACCUGAGGGUCUACGCUGAUAUUAUGAAAUCCUAUAUGAAUCCAAGUGUGGCGCCCUGUGAAGACUUCUACGAGUACGCCUGCGGUAACUACCCAAAGGUAAAGCCGGAUAGGCACUCCUGGCACCGGCGGAACAGCUUUGCCGACAUGGUCUACACACUGAGCGACGUUGCGGAGCAAUUGUUGGCCAGGAUGGACCUGGCGGAGGCUCUGAAUGUGUCUAGCGAACUGACGGUGGCCCAAAGAUUCUACAAUGCCUGUUUGGGAGCGGAACUCCAUCCCUUCAAUGCAGCUGAUCCCGCUUACUUGGAUCUUAUUAGGUCGAUCGGAGGCUUUCCCGCCAUCGACGGAGCCUCCUGGAAUGCCUCCGCCUUCAGUUGGUUCAACAUGAGCGCCCACCUGACCAACUACGGAGCCAGUGGACUUAUACGGGAAGCCAUCCUGCCAGUGUAUCCCUUUGUGCCCUACACCAAACUGCCCCAACUGGGAUUCGAUCACAUCGUUCUCGAGGAUAAUAUAGCCAGUAAUGCCACCCGUGCCUUCCAGUUAAAUGAGAAGCGGAUGCGUGGUUACCUGAGGGAUUUUAAGUUACCAGAAGAUAAAAUCGAUGAGGUGGUCGCCGGCCAGUGCGAAGUCUUCUUCCCCUUUGAGUUUAAUACAGAGUUCUCCCAGUGGACGCACUAUUAUGAUAUUGCGUGGCACGGACUCCAUGCUUCCCAUAAAAAGUUUUGCGACUUUUACUACGUAGAGUUGGAGAAGGUGUGUGAAAGACAUCCCGAGGCGGUGGCCAACUAUCUGGCUAUGAAGCUGCUCCACAAGUUUGAUCCCAAAAUAAAGGCGACCAAGUACCAAAGGGGUUAUUGUGCUGUUCAGAUGCAGACCUCCAUGUCGUUUCUGUUCAACAAACUCUAUAUGGCGAACAACUUUAGUGAGGAAAAAAAGUCGGAGGUAUCGGAUAUUGUGCUGGAAUUACGAAAGAUCCUUCGAAAGUCUCUGGAGGAAGCCGACUGGCUCGACUCGGAAACUCGCCAGGAGGCUCUGCUCAAAGAGUCGGCCAUUCAGUCUCGCAUCGGUGCCUUUAAGGAUGACACCCUAUCAGAUCGUCUGAUCCGUGAAAUCGGAAGCCUAAAAGUCGUCAAGCAUAGCUACGCCUCUACCAACAUCAAUCUCCAGCGCCUUGACACCGAAAUCAAGCGCUAUAGCAGUCGACACUUUAAGGAACUGGCCAACGAUACCAAGCCGCAGACGAUGCUGCUGGGGAUGCAGGUAUCGGCGGCCUACUACAUACUGGACAACUCCAUCAACGUGAUGGCCGGACUCCUGGAGCCACCCAUCUACCACCGCUCCUGGCCACUCGCCCUGAAAUUCGGCACCUUGGGCUUCACUGUGGGCCACGAACUGACGCAUGGAUUCGAUACAUCCAGCUCCCAUUUUGACGGCAGUGGCAACCUGCGCUCCUGGUGGUCGGAGAAAUCUCGAGAGGACUUCGAGCAACGCGCCGAGUGCUACAUGGAUCACUACAACGGGUACAUGAUACCGGAGAUAAGCCGCCAUAUCAACGGCAAGACUACGUUGGACGAGAACAUCGCCGAUAAUGGAGGUUUAAGACAGGCUCUGGCGGCCUACCGCAGCCUCAAGAGGCGACUGCUGGAGGAUCCUGGGCAGGAGGGGAUCAGCGAGCAGAUGCCAGGUCUUGACCUCACGCCGGAACAGCUCUUCUUCCUGGGCUUUGCUCAGGUAUUCUGCUCCGAGUACCAGGAGGAGCACUACUGGAAAGACCUGACCAAUAAGCACACCAUCGACAAGUACCGGAUCCUGGGUGUCCUCUCCAACAGUGAUGACUUUUUCCGGACCUACAACUGCUCCGUGGGAAGUGGCAUGCGUCCUGCUGUGGAGACUUGCCGCCUUUGGUAAUAUAUUUAAAAGUCAGAACUGGAACGAGUCUUUGCUUAUAUUAUUUAUAAUAUAGAGCUUAGGAAAAAAUGUAGCUUUUAA